GAAAAAGAAAUGUGCGGUUCGAAACGGUGAAAAAGAGAAAAAAUGUGCUCAUUUCAUGAUAGUCUUUUUUUAUAACAGUAGUAUAAACGGCAAAUACAUUGAUUUUUGGUUUCCUUUUUCAGCCAUCAAACAAAAUCCAUCUGGUUUUCGUUCAGUAGAUGAAUUUUGUCAACAAAUACCUGUGUCAAUCGAAAAUCUUUUCCAUGUCGCAUUUCAUAUUCGAAAUUUAAAACGUCAUACAAUUGAUCAGUUAUUGGAUAAUGAAGAAAAAAUGUUAUUAGCAAAUCGAAAUCGACCUGGUGGUGUACAAAUAACUGAAACAUUUAUUCCAGACAAUACAGAUAAUCAUCAAACAAACAACGAUUCCCACAAUGAAUACACAAAUGUUGUUGAUAAUGCUUUUAAUUUAACACGAAUACCAAAAGAGUCAAUUCUUGAACAUAAACAUUUUCUUAUUCUUUGGAAUUGGCUACCUCCUCGACUGAGUUUAUCUCAACCCGAAUUAUUAUUCACAACUCAAGAACAUGGUUGUCGUUUACAAACAUUAUUAGAUAAAAUUGAUGAUAUUGAAUAUUCGAUUAUGAUUGUCAAAGCAUCAAAUGGAGAAAUAUUUGGCGCCUUUUGUGCUGGUCUUUGGUCAUUACGUCAUAAUAAAACUUAUUUCGGAUGUGGUGAAUCAUUUUUAUUUACUUUACAUCCAAAACCAAUCAAAUAUCCAUGGAUUGGAAUCAAACAAUUGUCAGACGAUGCUCAUCAUCGACAUUUAAUAACGAAUGAAAAGAACAGUACUAGUCAUAUUAGCUCAACAAAAGAAUUAUUUUUAUUUGUUAGUAAUGAAAAAAUUUCAAUCGGCGGAGGUGGCAAUGAUGGUUUAUCUAUUGAUCAAUCGUUAUGUGAUGGUCGAACAAGUCGAUGUGAAACAUUUCAAAAUGAACCACUAUGUUCCUUAACAUAUUUUACUAUAUCAAUAUUAAUGUUGUUAUAUCAAACUCUUAUAAGUUGUCAAUUGAUUUUUAUCGUUUAUAGUCUCAAACCAAUUCAUUUAACAUUGGUUGUUUGUGGCGACAGAGUAACUGAAGCAAGCAAUGCAUUGAAAUCAGCGUUAAUAUUUACACCACCACCAUUAAUAUUUCAUAUAUUUACGGAAAAUCAUCUUAAACAAGAAUUUCAAUCAAAAGUAUUGAUAACUAAUGAAUGA